AUGUUUCUGCUUUAUAUGCUUAAGGUCUACACAGGCGAUACUAUAGUGGAAGGCCAACCGCAUCUGGUAACCACACGGACAGACUUGUCGGCGCUUUCCUCUUUGAUCGCUUACAUCGUGCUCAUCUCGCUAUUUGUUAUUGGGCUGUUGGUUGCCGAAAAUGCAGGAUUUCAUAUAUUCCCGUUCUCCGGUCCGUCAACGGUGGAAUUAAAGGGAGUCAAAAAUGCAAGCACCUUUGAACUGUCAGCGGGUCAGACAAGUUAUGAUCAUCCAACAGCCGCUGAAGCCAUAGCCCAGAAUGAGACAGAGCAGUUUGCAGCAAUGUCUGGUGCCAAAGAGCCUGGUGCUACCAGACCCACUUCCAUCGGGAUCGACAACCUCUCAUCUUAUUUGCAAGAAUGCCUUCAACCCCACAACUCUUUUCUAGUAGAUCAGUUCAAUGCGCUACGAAGAACUGAUGUUGACACUGGGGCGCAACAUGCACUGAGCACAUCGAUCGCCAUGCAGCCAGGGAACAGCGAACUCAAUCGCUCGAUGGACGCCUUACCAUACGACCAAAACCUCGUUCUCGUACAAGGGAAUGCCGGUUCUCUGGAGGAAGGACGAUAUAUCAAUGCCAGUUACAUCUUUGACAUUGCGCCUCCGAGUGAACCAUCCGAGCCGCCUGCAGUUGAUCUGAAUUGCACACCAUACAUUGCAACACAAGCCCCUACUCCAGGAACUGCAGGAGACUUCUGGCAAAUGGUAUUCGAGCAAAAAGCGAAUUCCGUCAUACAGCUUGCACCAUCGCUUGGGGAAUUUAUACCCAAUUUUGACGCCUACUGGCCGACUUCCUUUGAUGAUGUGAAAAUUUACACCUCUGGUACUGUGGAGCUUCAAUUAAACUUGGUUUCCGAAUCCGCUCAUUCGGGUUACAUGAGGCGAAAACUCACUGUUACGUCGUCUGUCGAUCCAGACAAUCCGCACGAGGUGACCCAAUUCCAGUUGCUCAAUUGGCCAGAGCAAGGAGUUCCUGAUUCACAAGAGUUCCGAUUCAUGCUCACCGCAUACCGCGUGUUCAAGUUCACAGAGAGCCCACUCAAUUCGCCCACUGUGGUCCAUUGCAGCAAUGGAGUCGGGCGCACGGGAACAUUCAUUGCCGCCGACAUAAUCAAGAAUCAUUUAGAAGAAGGUGCCGAAUUCAUUGAUAUUGCUGGUAUCGUCGAACAACUGCGAGAGUGCCGAAUGAACAUGGUUCAAAAGAAUACUCAGUAUGUGUUUUUGCACAUGUUCACCAAAACAGCCGUGGACUGUGUACAACCGAGGCAGGUUGGACCUGCCAUCCCAACGGCUUGCUCACCUCGCCAGGACGUUGUGACUGUGCAGCACAAAACUCUCCGCCUUGUUUUAUUUGUCGCAGCAUUAUUAAUGUCACUGCAGUAUGAACAGCAUGGUUCAAAAACGUGGUCUAUUUACGCUUACUGCAACACUUUAAACAUAAAUCAGUAUUUCGGUCGCUUUGACUUCUUGUACUUUUGUCAAACAAACAAACAUUUGAAAAAUAAUGGGCGGUCUAGGAUGAAGGGUUCUUUUGCAGGUCACCUGGCCAAUGGAGCGUCGCUGGCAUAA